AUGAUAGAUGAUCCCACCAAUCCACUUGAAAGUAUUGACCUGGCCAGUAUCUACCAGCUUCUUCCGGAGGAGGAUCUCAACUUUCUUGUGAUGAUUCCCUCCCACUGUAUAGAGAAACUCAUCAAUCAGAACCUGGAGGUUAUCAUGAAGACGCUAUCAAACUUAUCAAGGAAUAAUAUGACAGAGCAGGCGGUUGACAGUCCGGGAUGGAUACAGAAGAUUGCAUCCAUAAACGAAUCUUCCAUUCAAGCCAAACUUCAAGUUCUCAGACCAAGCCACGCUGGAAAAGAUGUUGAAACCAUUGGCAAUAUUGGGAGAGAUGGUGCUCUGGAAGUCAAGCAGCAGCUCUAUCACGGCAGCGAAUAUGGAUUUCAGAACAGAACGUUUAUUGUCGGGACUCUGGAGUGGGCGCCGUAUGUGAUCAGGAAAGUGGAGAAUGGUUCCGUCAGGUUCGACGGUCUUUGCAUCCAGUUGUUGCAGGAACUGGCGAAACAACUCAAUUUCAGCUACACCUUGGUGGAGCCCGAAGACAGAGAGUGGAGUCGGAUACUGAACGGCAGUUGGACGGGGCUGGCGGAGUUAAUUGUCAAUGGGGAAGUUGACAUGGUUGUGGCAUCAAUGACUAUGACUCAGAGCAGAGCGACAGUCAUGGAUUUCACAGCGCCAUACGUCUACGUCCACUCAGCGCUUAUUCUCAACAAACAAGAUCCCAACACCAACAAAUGGUUGACCCUUCUCUCCCUGUUCCGGUAUGAGGUUCUUGUUUGUAUCAUCGCCUCACUUAUCUUCUCCACUGCCUUCGUCUUUGUCAUGGAAGAAGUGACACCAGCCCGUUCGGACAGACCAACAGAUAUGCAGACCCGAUAUGAAGAUAUACUCUGCAAUCAUUUUGGAGCUCUUGUGGCAAACGGAGGAGCAUGUAUUCCGACCACUGGGUCCGGACGUACAGUACUCGGCUGCUGGUGGCUUUUCGCAGUGAUACUGGCUUCCACCUACAGAGGAAAUCUCAUUGCGUUCCUUGCCGACAGACGAGAGAAACCGCCAUUCUCCAACCUGGCUGAGAUGGUGCAGCAGGACACGUACAAGUGGGGAUUUGUAGGAGGGUCAGCACUGGUUACUCUGUUUCAGGAAUCCAACAUCUCCGUCUAUCACAAGGUAUGGCAUGGAGUGGACGAGAUAAUGGCAAACGAACCUGAUUGGUUGAGUCUGGAUGGAGACGAGCACAUGCGCCGAAUUGUCGAGAGCCAGUAUGUCUACAUUGCAGAAGAGUCUACUCUGGAGAUGUGGGACGACCCUCGGCGGUGUGAUUUGCAGAUGUUACACGACAACUUCUAUUUUAGCAAAUACGCAGUUGGCCUACCCAAACACAGUGCAUACACACAACUCUUCUCCAAACACUGCCUUCCCUUUGUCGGCUUCCGUGAUGGUAAUGACCGGGUCGUUGCAAAGUUCGGUGAUGGCACGACAUUCUUCCUUUCUGAUCUUAGGUUGGCUCUGAAGGAGAGCAGAAAUCUGGUGCCGUAG